CUCGAUAGUGUAAAAUGUAUAAUAAACUGGAAAUUGCUGAUAAUGAACACUUUGAAGAUAAUGAAGCAUUAAAACGAAAAUCUAUUGAAGAAUUCACUAGAUUCAUAAAAAAUCAUUCUUUUAUUACACUUCAUUUUGAAAUUGAUGAAAAUUUUGCUCUUAUGUUUCUCCGAGCUCGGAGAUAUGUGAUGCCUAAAGUUAAGGAAUUGUAUGAACGAUCAUUUCUGUUUAUUAAGCAAAAUCCCGAUAUAUUUAUAAUAAAUCAAGAAUCGUUCGAUAAAUCAUUGGAACUAUAUGAUUCUGGUGCGAUUGUAGUAAUGAAAGAGAGAGAUGCAUUUGGCAGGAGAAUUUUUCUUUGUGCAACAAGAAAGCUUGAUACAUCUAAAUUUACAGUCGAUGACAUCUUAACACUUAUUAGUAUUAUUUUCUAUACUAUGCUGUCUGAAGAAGAAACCCAGAAAAAUGGAAUAGUUUUCAUCAAUGAUCUAACUGAAUUGAGCAUUAAUCAUUUGAAAUUAUUUCCUUACAAGAUGCUCAAAAACUUCUCAUCAUAUGUGAAUGUAAACGCGAUUCGAGUAAAGGAAAUUUAUGCUGUUGGAGUGCCAUCAAUUGCUGUCCAACUUUUUAAAGCAAUUCGAUUUGUUUUGGAUGAUAAAAAUAAGAACAGAUUAAAAGUGAUGAGUAAUGUAUCCAAAAUGUGGGAAGUUGUGGAUCAGAAUUUAAUGACAAAAGAGUAUGGCGGUAAAAGCUACAGUGAAUCACAAGCAUUAGCUGAUUUUAGAAAAAACAUAAUUGAGCAUAAACAGAAAAUAAUAGAACAAACAAAUAACAUAGAAAUUGAUAUGGAAAAGGCAAGAAAAUUUCAUAAAAUUAAGGCAAGAUCUAAAAAUAAAAAAGGUGGUGAUCAUUUACUGGAAUUCGAUUAAACUGUGCAGUUGUACAAAUAAAGUGACUGAAUUCAACUUUGAAAGUGAAAAUGGAAAUGAAUUUUUCAUCGUUGCAAAAAUCUUCUGAAAUUUAAUCCAUCUUCAUUCAUAACAGGCACAAUAAGUAAAUUAAUAUUUCAAAUGUCAUGCUUUAUGAAAUUGAAUGUUAUGCUUUUGGAAAGGCAGCAAUAAAAAAUUCUUUCAUCAAAAAAGUAAGGCAAGAGUAAAAAUUAUUUUUUUGGGAUCUUUAUAA